GAGUCAUGUGCCCCGAGUAACAUGGCCGCUGCACCAUGAGCGCCGCCGGUAUCUGGCGGGAGAGGGUAGCUUGAGCUGUUAGGUGGCCAGGGUCAGGUGUGCAGGAGCGGGGUCCGGGCCUGGGUUCCAAAGCGCGGCGGCAGAGUGAGGCAGGCGGGCUCGGGGCGGCGUGGUCCAUGAGCCGGCGCCGGGGGCAGCGCGGAGCCGUAGACUCCCCGGGCACCGGCGCGGCCCCGGCAGCCGCGGGCUAAGGAGUCGCGAGGCUUCUCGAGCUACCACCAUGAACCCCGAGAAGGACUUCGCGCCGCUCACGCCAAACAUCGUUCGCGCCCUCAAUGACAAGCUGUACGAAAAGCGGAAGGUGGCAGCGCUGGAGAUCGAGAAGCUGGUCCGGGAGUUCGUGGCCCAGAACAAUACCGUGCAAAUCAAGCAUGUGAUCCAGACCCUGUCUCAGGAGUUCGCCCUGUCUCAGCACCCCCACAGCCGGAAAGGGGGCCUCAUCGGCCUGGCCGCCUGCUCCAUCGCACUGGGCAAGGACUCAGGGCUCUACCUGAAGGAGCUGAUCGAGCCGGUGCUGACCUGCUUCAAUGACGCGGACAGCAGGCUGCGCUACUACGCCUGCGAGGCGCUCUACAACAUCGUCAAGGUGGCCCGCGGCGCCGUGCUGCCCCACUUCAACGUGCUCUUUGACGGGCUGAGCAAGCUGGCUGCUGACCCAGACCCCAACGUGAAAAGCGGAUCGGAGCUCCUAGACCGCCUUUUAAAGGACAUCGUGACUGAGAGCAACAAGUUUGACCUGGUGGGCUUCAUUCCCCUGUUGCGGGAGAGGAUUUACUCCAACAACCAGUAUGCCCGACAGUUCAUCAUCUCCUGGAUCCUGGUUCUGGAGUCCGUGCCGGACAUCAACCUGCUGGACUACCUGCCGGAGAUCCUGGAUGGCCUGUUCCAGAUCCUGGGUGACAACGGCAAAGAGAUUCGGAAAAUGUGUGAGGUUGUUCUUGGAGAAUUCUUGAAAGAAAUCAAGAAGAACCCCUCCAGUGUUAAGUUUGCCGAGAUGGCCAACAUCCUGGUGAUCCACUGCCAGACCACAGACGACCUCAUCCAGCUGACGGCCAUGUGCUGGAUGCGGGAGUUCAUCCAGCUGGCCGGCCGAGUGAUGCUGCCCUAUUCUUCUGGGAUCCUGACUGCCGUCUUGCCCUGCCUGGCAUACGAUGACCGCAAGAAAAGCAUCAAAGAGGUGGCCAACGUGUGCAACCAGAGCCUGAUGAAGCUGGUCACCCCUGAGGACGAUGAGCCGGACGAGCCAAAGCCAGUGCUCCAGAGGCAGACAGAACCCCACCCCGAUGACACCCUGGCGAAACCAGAAGGGGCAGGCAGUGGAGGUCCAGAUGGUUCUUGUGACUCCAGCUUCAGUAGCGGCAUCAGUGUCUUCACGCCGGCCAGCACCGAAAGAGCCCCAGUGACCCUGCACCUCGAUGGGAUUGUGCAGGUCCUGAACUGCCACCUCAGCGACAUGGCCAUCGGGAUGAUGACCAGGAUUGCCGUUCUGAAGUGGCUCUACCACCUCUACAUCAAGACUCCUCGGAAGAUGUUCCGGCACACGGACAGCCUCUUCCCCAUCCUACUGCAGACGUUAUCGGAUGAGUCCGAUGAGGUUGUCCUGAAGGAUCUAGAGGUGUUGGCAGAAAUUGCUUCCUCCCCCGCAGGCCAAACGGAUGACCCAGGCCCCCUCGAUGGCCCUGACCUCCGGAUCAGCCACUCAGAGCUCCAGGUGCCCACGCCCGGCAGAGCCGGCCUGCCCACCACUCCCGGUACCAAAGGCUUAGAAUGUUCUCCUUCCACUCCCACCAUGAACUCCUACUUCUAUAAGUUCAUGAUCAAUCUUCUCAAGAGGUUCAGCAGUGAACGGAAGCUCCUGGAGGUCAGAGGCCCCUUCAUCAUCAGGCAGCUCUGCCUCCUGCUCAACGCAGAGAACAUCUUCCACUCGAUGGCCGACAUCCUGCUGCGGGAGGAGGACCUCAAGUUCGCGUCCACCAUGGUCCACGCCCUCAACACCAUCCUGCUCACCUCCACCGAGCUCUUCCAGCUGCGAAACCAGCUCAAGGACCUGAAGACUCUGGAGAGCCAGAACCUGUUCUGCUGCCUAUACCGCUCCUGGUGCCACAACCCGGUCACCACGGUGUCCCUCUGCUUCCUCACCCAGAACUACCAGCAUGCCUACGACCUCAUCCAGAAGUUCGGGGACCUGGAGGUCACUGUGGACUUCCUCACAGAAGUGGACAAGCUGGUGCAGCUGAUCGAGUGCCCCAUCUUCACAUAUCUGCGCCUGCAGCUGCUGGACGUGAAGAACAACCCCUACCUGAUCAAGGCCCUCUACGGCCUGCUCAUGCUGCUGCCCCAGAGCAGCGCCUUCCAGCUGCUGUCGCACCGGCUCCAGUGCGUGCCCAACCCCGAGCUGCUGCAGACCGAAGCCAGUCUGAAGGCAGCCCCCAAGUCUCAGAAGGCCGACUCCCCCAGCAUCGACUACGCAGAGCUGCUGCAGCACUUUGAGAAGGUCCAGAACAAGCACCUGGAAGUGAGGCACCAGCGGAGUGGGCGUGGGGACCCUCUGGACCGGAGGGUCGUCCUCUGACAGCCCUGGCAUGGAGAAGGGCCCAGUGAGUGGUCCCAUGAAGCACUCAGGGUCUUCAGGGCCAGGGCUGGGCCUGACCACCAGCCCAGGGUGGGGGUGGGGAGUGGCCGGAGGCUGUUCUGUCCACCCAAGCUCCUCUCAGGGCCCAGGCCCCCUGUGCCGUCAGCUGCACCCUGGCACUCAGAGCUGGCUGCCCACUCGGUGGAGUGGGAGGGGCACAGCCUCAGAUGCCACCCAUCCCCUGGAAUCAGUCUUUUUCUAGGACUCUCUUGGAAAAAGAUCUUGAACUCCCCAGCCCAUCAGAGCUCUGGCCUUGUGUGUUUAUGUGUAUACAUACGUGAACAUGUGUGUGUACAUAUGUGUGUACAUACUUGUAUGCACAUAGGGACCAGCACAAAGAUCUCCACUGAAUGAUGCACCCUA